AGAAACAUUAAAGAGCUAAAUGAAAUAUGUAAAUACUGCCUCAUAAUAAGCUGGCAAUAUUCAAGGCUGAAUGUAUUUUUCCGUGGGUCCCUUUCAUCUGCUUUCACCUGAGAAUCCACAUAAGCAUUUCAAAUAAUAAAAUGCUUUGUGGGCCAGUCUGCUUUUCUCUUUCAAGGACAAGCACAGGGCACUUCCUCAGAGGCCAGCUGUACCAGGGGUAAAGCACAGCCCUGCUUAUUGUCUUGAGACUUUAAACCAGCAUAACUCUUGUUUUGCCAGAAUGGCUUAACCCCUGCCUUUCAUAAGGAGUAUGUUAGGCGCUAUUCCAUUCAUCACCAUUCUUGACAACUUGUUAAUGAAGGUUAUUUCCCAACGUAAAGGAGUGGACAGCUGAGCUAGCAAACCAAAAUGAAUAUUUAAAAUACAAAUCCAAUGAACUCUUUCUUCUACCCUUCUUCUGUCCCUAGGGUAUGUUGUUGCAAUUAGAUCUUCAUAUUUACCUUAAUUGUUAGCUCAAUUUUGAGAAAGUUUAUAAAGUGUCACAAUAACACUGACGGAAAAAUGGGAGACAGACUGAAUUAGUCUAAAUAGAAAAGCCUACUGAUCUAAUUCAAGGAAUGUCUCAUGCCUGGUAAACAAAGGUAGUGUGGGACUAAAUCAGUGCAUCAGAAUUGGUGCAUCAGAAAUCGGGGUAAAUUGGUGGACAAAAUAAUGAGAGGAUGGAGUGUUCUGCCCAUCUGUCCCUUUGGGGGUCCUUAAAACACUUGAAAAUUGGGGGAAGAAGGAUGAGUGCAACAAUUACUGAGUGAUCCACUGUAACACUGCUGGAUCUUUGUUAUCUGGUCCUGAGAGCUGUUCUGGCCAGGCCAGAAAGAGGGACCCAGAUGAUAUUGCCACCUCCACUGGCUCCGGCUGACACCCAAACACCACCUGGGAUGUGAGACCUCCUCCCCCCUUAUUUCUCCUCUUUCCUAUCUCUCUUUUUUUGCUUCUGUGUCUGGCUUAACUGACCAAAACUAUAUUUUUACAACAUUGCUGUAAGACUGUUGUAAAAUACUAUCUAAAAGGCUGUCAAACAAGGGAUUUUGCCUUAUAAAAAACUCCCUCACCCUCUAGCUGGAGGUGGAAAUAUCAUCUGGGUCCCUCUUUCUGGCCUGGCAAGAACAGCUCUCAGGACCAGAUAACAAAGAUCCAGCAGUGUUACAGUAAAAUAAAAGCCUUACUUAAUACUUUACAUUUCAAAUGCUUGAACCAUUUUUCCUUCUUUUCUGCAUCUUUAGUAAAAGAUUGAGCAGAUGUUUGCCAUGGUACUAAGAAUGUAUACCAAGCUCCAACCUGGUUGAAAACUAUUUAAUGUUGGACAGUGACUGGGUUAUGUUAACAUCUUUGACUCUCCGAACCCACAUAUUCCAGCUAAAUUAAUACAAUAGGCAGGUUUAGCUGUGUCACUCCCAUGCCUUUGUUCUUCUCUAUGCUGAGGGCCAGAUCCUCAAAGGUAUUCAGGCUCCUAACUUCCAUUAACACAGGAUUUUAAUUGAAGUUAGGAAUCUAAAUUCCCCCUGGGCCUGGGUCUUUAAAUCUGUAAGGACACUGCUGUGGCUACAGCUCAAGAGUUCUCAGUUGCUCAUGGCCACUUCUCCAUUCUGGUUUUGUCCAUCUAAAACACAAUAUUAGAUUUCAAAGGCUGUGGGUUUCUCCUUGUCCCUCGUACUCCCUUUACCCAGGUUUUCCUCCUGCCGGCCUAUUGUCAGUAUUUGCAUGGAAGGAAGUCGAGCAAAAACAGCCAUAACUGGGUAAAAUCAUAAGACUGACUUUCAGAAGUGCUGAGCAACUCCAGCUGCCUUUGCAGGCAAUAGGAGCUACCCAUGCUCAGCAUCUCUGAAACUCAGGCCGUCGAUCUUUAGGCAUAAUAGAAAUGGGAAAACUGCCUUGGGGUUGUAUGAAUACCACUGCUGUCUAAUAGCACUGACUCCAUUUACAGUGUCUGUAUCUUCUGCUAUUUAAUACACACCAGUCGUUGGGUCAUCACAGAAUUUAAGGCUUGGCACAAUGACUGUAUGUAAUGAAGGCCUUGGAGGGAGUUUAUUAUGGGGCAGUGGCUUAUCCUCCUUCUAAUAUCUUAGUUCUACAUAGUAUCAGAGGGGUAGCCAUGUUAGUCUGGAUCUGUCAAAGCAGCAGAGAGUCCUGUGGCACCUUAUAGACUAGCAGACAUGUUGAAGCAUGAGCUUUCCCCGGAUGCAUGUUAGUUCUACAUAGUAUUUUUCACCUGAAAGGGUCCCUAACAGUAACACUACAGAGAUUCAAACCUAUAUGUCAACCAUUGACGCAGAAUACGUCAUCCAUCUGUGGCUGCUUGGGUGACACAGGACAAUUGUUGGAGAGUUAGGAGCUGUCAUAACAAUGUAUGCUGCUCAAACUGCAGAGGACAGAUAAUGUUACUACCAAAAUCUGGCCAGGACAGUCAGAGUUAGUGCCUCGGCUCUGGGGAGGGGCUGGGGGGCAGUGCCAUGUAGGGUGACCAGAUGUCCUGAUUUUACAGGGACAGUCCCGAUUUUGGGGCCUUUUUCUUAUAUAAGCACCUAUUACCCCCCACCCCCUGUCCUGAUUUUUUACACUUGCUAUCUGGUUACCGUAGUGUCAUGUCAUCUUUUCUGACCACAUGUUCUCAGAGCCAUGACAGGACAUGUCAGGAGCACCAUUAUCGUUUGGUUCCCCACCACUCUGCUUUUGCAUGGGGCUGGAAGCAAAAAUGCCACUAUAGUGAGAGAGAGGCCCUUUACCUGUUACCUCUGGGCUAAACAAGAGCAGAAAAUCAUGGAAAUCUCAGAAAUAAGUUGAAAAUACUCAUUACUUCUUUACCCACUCACCGCUACAGCUGAGGUCUAAAGCCAGAGAACACAAUCCAGUUAGAAUUGAGAGUGCUUGUUUAAUUGGACAAUUCUGAGAACACCAAGACUUGGGCAAUUACGAGUUUAUUCUAAUUGUGUGGGGAGGAGGGGACACAAUCCAGCAACCUCAGCUGCUCUUUUGAUAUUGCAAGUCAGUACAGUUGCUUCCCUAAAAUUAAAAAUGAUUGGUGAGUCUGUACUUUAGAAAGCAGCAUAAUGUACCCAAACUUUAGCUACAUACUUUUAUAGUUACAUUAUAUUUAAAGAGGAGCUAGAGGUGGCUUCUAGUGCAUGGCUGCAAUAAAUACUGGAGAAGUGUCAUUCCUAUAAUCUCUUUAGCACCUAACAAGAUCAGAGGACUGACCCUGCCCAUGCCAGUCUGAAGUAUCAAAAUGUAAUUAGUCUCAUUACUAACCAUGUUUCCAUAAUGGAAUCCUGCCUAAUACAUCUUGCUUGACCUCGUAUUUGAGGGAAAUUCAAUAGUGUCUCCAAACUGGGGAACUGUGGAAGUUUUCUAAAACAAAAACAAAACAAAAAAACUUGGAGAUGACAGUCCUGCCAUCAUAAUGGAUAGAUGGAGGGGAAAGGAAAAACAAGAACUUUGCACACUUGACAGAUUGAAGCCUCUAAAAUAUUCUUUUAUAAGUUUGAAAUCAUCUUAUGUGUUAAGAUAAAGAGAUUGCUGCAGAAUCAGAGUGAUGAAACUGGCAAAGGAAAUGUGCUUAUUGAACUUUGUAACUGAUCCUUUGGGCUUUCUUUAGUCCCCGGUACAAGCCUAUUCAGUUGUCUGAUUUAUUGGCACUACCAAAGAGAACUGAAUAAAAUAGUUUUAAUAAGAUUCCAAACCAGCUAACACAGUGCAUACGGCUUCAAGUUUCUUUACAGCCUUAAGAUUUAGCAAGGAGGCUGCAGACUGGUGGAGUUUUCAGCAAACCUGAGCUGUGUGUCAAGCAAAUGGGGGUCUAAUGGCUGAAAUGUGGACCUGGUGUAAGACAAUCUCUAUAGGUAACUCAGUGAGUACAAAUAGAGACAUGAAACCAGAAAAAAGGGGUGUACAAAUCCCUUUGACCAGCUUUCCUGCAUCAUUAUUGAUAAAGAAGCUGCUGUGUCCAACCCCUCGCUCUCUGAAUUACAUUUGGAUAUUUGAAACCUCUGUGCAGUGGUACAAAUUCCUGGUUCGUCAUGUUUCCUGGUUUUCUGUGGAGAAGCAAACAAAUUAUGACAAUAGAAAAGUCCACCUCCUGUUUCAGUUAGUAGCAAUGUGGCAGACCUGGUUGUGCUAAUGUUCCAAUGGUCAUUAUGUACCAAAGGACAGAGGGACCCUGCCAGGUUUAAUUGAGUCAUUGCUGCUUUAGCAGAGCCAUGGGAGAGAAAACAUCUUCAGUUCUGCCCCAUAGACAUGGUCUAUGCGUAGUAAAAAGCUGGUAUUCUUAACAGUGGUGCUUAAAAAAUGGUAACUCUCCUACAACCCAGCAUAAAUGCUGCAAUUGUCACCUUCAGUGCAUGAAUAAGAUGGGGGGGGGAGGGGGAAGCAAAACCACAUACUAAUAAAAGGAGAAAACCCUUUUCUGUGGCAGAGUUCAGCAAUGAGGAGAACCAGACAAGAACCUUAUCCAGCACUCUAUAAAGAUAAACUUUGCAGGACCAAAUUCAACAGGGGUAGGAAUGGUCACAACGUCCGUUAAUGGCAGUGGGAAUUGUGCCUGCUUGUAGGCCAGUGCUGCAUUUUGCCCCUGUAGCCUUCAGUGGGAAUGUUCCGUGAGUAAGGAUAGGUCCCAAAACCACUACAUUUGAAAGCAGCAUAGUAAAGGGUUCUGUAAAAAAGGUCUUCAAGUUCUUGGACAAGGAGCAGCUCUGCAGUGAGUGAAUGUGCCCAUGUGAGAGAACGAAGGCUGGAGCCAGUGAUAUUCAUUGAGCACCGUCUGAGGUGCUGUCCCUCACUUCUUGUCUCUGGAAAGAACUGCUUUGGCAAUAAAAAGACCAAAGGAUCUUGCAGCACAUCGUUUAGGUGAUGCAGCAGCUAAUAGUUGACUAAUCUUUGUGUUCAUUGAUUAUAUUCUAGACCAGUGAUAGGCAACCUAUGGCUCGCGUGCCAAAGGGGCACGUGAGCUGAUUUUCAGUGGCACUUGUGGUGUAUUAUGGCCUACGCUGACAAAUUUGAAGGGGCAGUAAAUUUAUAAUAGCAGCAUUUUUGUAAUCGCAGCAUCAGUGACGCUGCGAUUCUACCAACGAUAGUGUGUAUUGAAACCACCAAUGACGGCGCAACACCAUUUAGUAAACAUACUUGCAAGAAUCCUAAACCAUGUUGGACCCCCGCUUGAAGGCGGGGUUUUGGAUCCAUGCACAGUCCCUUGCUAGAAGCGAAAUCGCGCUAUGCAGACUUGCAUUUAAGUGAGGGUCUUCUGUACUUGUAAUUUUAUUUAUAACAAAACUUGUAAAUGUUCAAUUAUUUUAAUAUCAGAGGGAUUCAUUUUAGUUCGAACAAAUUUGUAAAAAAACUAAAACAAGUUCAUAUGGGGCCGGGGGCGGCAAAAUCAUUAAUCUGCCACUGAACGGUACUCACACUGCCUGGGUCCUGGCCAUCAGUCCAGGGGCUCUGCAUUUUAAUUUAAUUUUAAAUGAAGCUUUUAAACAUUUUAAAAACCUUAUUUACUUUACAUACAACAAUAGUUUAGUUAUAUAUCAUAGACUUAUGGAAAGAGACCUAAAAACAUUUAAAUGUGUUACUGGCACGUGAAACCUUAAAUUAGAGUGAAUAAAUGAAGACUCGGCACACCACUUCUGAAAGAUUGCCGACCCUUGUUCCAGACAAUGGAGCAGAGAUAAAAGAAUCCAGAAAGAAAACGGCUGAGAUAUCUCAGUCACAAGCAAAAUAUAGAAAAGCUGAGUACUACUGUGUAAACAUAAUCUCAAAUUAAUAGCUACUGCUUUGCUCUUCUCUAGCAUAUACUCUCUAUAGCUCCCCAAAUGCUUUACAAACAAUAGUUAUUCCUCUAACCUCCACUCUCCGGGAGAUAAUAUAGAAAUUGUACUGAGUUAGAUGAGGCAGAGCGAGAUUAAGUGAUGUGUCCAAUGAGUAGGAGAAAGAACUUCAAUGCAUUUGUUCAAAAAAAUCUACACUGAAACUGCAGCAUUAGAUUUUUCAAACCAUGCAGUGACGGACACCAUAGAGUUGAGAUUACAUAUUUGUAACCAGUCGGUCAAAUAAAGUGAGCUAGGGCAGACUUUGCCUUCGACUCCCCCCAUGGACUAUGCAUUCUGCUCCAACUCUUGCAAUAUUUCAAGGUUACCAAGAUGAGGAAAACAGGAAGGAAGCUAUAGAACACUGCUGAACAUAACCAAAGUCAUAUAAUUCAGCCCUCCUAUCUAAGAUACUUAUCUGGCUCCUAUUACUGUAAUAUCUAAGCACUUCACAAUGUUUUAAUCCUCAUAACACCCCCAUUCACCCUGGCAAGGAAGUAUGUUAUUCCCAUUUUACAGGAGGCACAGGAAGACUAAGUGACUUACCCUUAGAAGCCUGUAGUAGAGCAGGGACUUGAACCCAGGUCUUUGAGGUUAUUGGCCCUUGUUUGCUAAACAGCUUCUGACAGGGCAAUGGUCUAUUGCAUAGCUAACAGGAAAUAAAAACUGUUCUGCAUUAGGUUGCAUGCAUGCCUGUAAAGCAAUACAAAAUGCUUAGAUUACACUUAACAGGGGAAAUAAGCUGCUACCUUUUAUUAGACCAAAAAUAUGUUCUACUCAGAGUUCUGGGUGGAACAUAGGGGUUAACUCUGCAGUUUUCUGUUUCUUUAAAGAAAAAGGCAUGAGCCAAUGAACUCCGUAAUUUUUGACCUUGGCAGCUGGCACAUGCACUAAAGCAUGAGGGGCCAUCUCCCAUUUAACCAUGUUUUAUCUGAUCUAGUGAAACUGUACAUUCUCAGUCAUAUACAUGUUUAAUAUCUUAUAAAAAUCCUUUUAAGCUUUUGCCCUCAAUCCUGUAUCUUCCGGCAGCGAGAUCCACAAGAUAUAUAUAUAUACUGUGCCCAGAAGCAUGUCCUUUUAUUCAAUCAAAAUACUUUUCAUUUUACUGGCUAUCCCAUUGUUCUCUUCUCAUGAUGAAAGAGCACCCAAUUUAAAGUCUCCAUACCUUCUUUAUUUUAUGUCUCCUCUUUUUUCCAUCUCUUCUCCAGACUGAAUAGUUCCAAUAUGUCUUCAGAUGACAGGGCCUCCAUGUCUUUAAUAACAUUUUCAUCAGUUGUCUAAGAGCCUUCUGAAUUCUGGAAGAAAAUGACCAGAGUUCCCCAGGUAUAAUAUGUUAGAAAAACUCUGACCUAGAGACACUUUGGAAGGGGUAUGCAAUAAAGCCUUCCAUUUGCCACCUUCUCUGUAUCCAAAGGGUUUGUGGGAAACUGGAUUGAUUUGGUGAAUACUCUAAUUUUCAUCCAAUAACAAACUGUCAAUUUCCCCCAUUGCUCAAGGGGUAAUGUGACAACAAGGGUUGUCCUACUGCUGAGUCAUGCCCCCACCUGUGGAUACAGUGUUAGGAUCCAGCCCUCAAAGGUGACUGGUUCUGUAGGGAAGAAGGACAUUUCUAUUGGAUGGCAGCAGCUGUCAACCACACCCACUCCCUGCUCUGGACAGCAUUAAUACCAUCUGUGAAGAAGGAAGUUUCUGGUAUUUUUCUAGGCUCUGUUUUUGUCUAGAAGUGUUUGGUAUCUCUAGACAUUUCUUGAGCUCCUUUCCAGCUAAAUCUUCUGGAUAGAAGAAUGGAAUCCCAGGUGCGCCAGAACUUCCAUGCUGAAUGUGAUGCUGCUGUGAACAGCAUGAUAAACUUGGAGCUGUAUGCCAGCUAUGUCUACUUGUCUAUGUCCUACUACUUCGACCGUGAUGAUGUGGCCCUCAGACACAUGGCCCAGUUUCUGAAGGAGCAGUCCCAUGAGGAACGGGAGCAUGCAGCGAAGUUUCUGAAAUACCAGAACAAGCGAGGGGGACACAUUGUCCUGCAGGCCAUCAAGAAGCCAGAGCGGGAUGAAUGGGGGAACAGCCUGGAGGCCCUGCAGUGUGCCCUGCAGCUGGAGAAGACUCUGAACCAGGCACUGCUGGACCUACACAAGUUGGCUAUGGAGAAGAAUGAUCCCCAUUUAUGUGACUUCUUGGAGUCUGAGUAUCUGGAGGAGCAGGUGAAGGCCAUCAAGCAGCUGGGAGACCAUGUCACCAACCUGAAGCGGCUGGGAGUACCCCAGAACGGCAUGGGAGAGUACCUGUUCGACAAGCUCACCCUGGGGGAGAGCUGCUGAACUCUGCACUAGGGACCUGAGCAGUAGUGUAGCUCAUGAUGCCAUAGCUGCCUUACUCUGGAUAUAGGUCAGAAAAUAGAUGUCUUGUCUUACCUAAAUACUGAGAAUAAAAUCUGCUUUCUGGUGUAA